UCCAUCUGUACAAUAGUUCGAUUUCAACUUGUAUAGUUAGUACUAAACGUGAACAAAACUAAAAGUUAAAAUGAACACGAUUAUAUCAUUAGGAUUUUUCCUAUUCAGCAUAACGUGUUAUGGCGAUGGAGGUGCCACCAUAACAGCUGAAAGUAGUGCUUCUGUUUCAUUUGGUGGUGGUUCGGCUGAUUCAUCUGGAGGUGGAAACGCUGAUGCUUAUGGAGGCAAUGGAGGUCCCAGCAUAACAGCCGAAAGUAGUGCUUCUGUUUCAUUUGAUGGUGGUUCGGCUGAUUCCUCUGGAGGUGGAAACGCUGGUGCUAAUGGAGGUAAUGGAGAUGGUGGCUUAACAUUUGUUGGUGGCGCACCUGGUCCUUCAGGAGGUGAUGCUGCUGGUUCUCCUGGAGGUAAUGGAGAUGGUGGCUUAACAAUUGUUGGUGGCGCACCUGGUGCUUCAGGAGGUGAUGCUGCUGGUUCUCCUGGAGGUAAUGGAGAUGGUGGCUUAACGUUUGAUGGUGGUGCACCUGGUUCUUCAGGAGGUGAUGCUGCUGGUUCUCCUGGAGGUAAUGGAGAUGGUGGCUUAACGUUUGAUGGUGGUGCACCUGGUUCUUCAGGAGGUGAUGCUGCUGGUUCUCCUGGAGUUAAUGGAGAUGGUGGCUUAGCAUUUGAUGGUGGUGCACCUGAUUCUUCAGGAGGCGAUGCUGCUGAUCCUUCAGGAGGUGAUGCUGCUGGUUCUUCAGGAGGUGAUGCUGCUGGUUCUUCAGGAGGUGAUGCUGCUGGUUCGUCUGGAGGUAAUGGAGAUUCUAGCUUAACUUAUGGAGGUGGCGCUGCUGGUUCAUAUGGUGGUGGUUCGGCUGGUUCUUUUGGAGGUGGAAGCGCUGCUUCUUAUGGAGGUGCCUCAGCUCACGGAACAGCGCAACUUGGUGUUGGCAUUGGAGCUGGUUCCGGUGGAGGUUUUGGUGUAGGAGUUGGACGCUAAAACCUUUGAAUCGAAAUGAAUUUAAUGUUAUAUUAUAAUAAAUGCCACAACAAAUUAAUUAAUAAAUUCUUUUAUAGCUUUCAUUAA